AUGCCAAUAGAUUACCAUUCCAAUGCUACUUCAAUAAGUCUGGCCGUUGACAAUACUACUGAUGAUGGGGGUGGCGAAGACACUGUCGUGAACCUCAUUACCCUCCUAGGGAUCAACCAGAUUGUGAAUCUGGCAACAUUUGCUGCCCGGUAUGACAAAACAAUCAAGCAGACGAAUUUUUUUGCAGUGAAGGUCCCACCAGAAAUUUAUGCUACAUUUCCAACCCAAUUUCUCUCAUAUAUCGCGGAGUGGAGUGAAGCUACCAGGAAGUGUAGAAAAGCUGAGGAGACCAGUGACCUGGAGUCUGGGCAGGAAGACAGUGCAGGAGGAAACAGAAGGUCACCCGACAGGUUUUCACCAGAAAAUGAAAUCUGUUGUAGGCCUAGGCAUGGUACAAAGGAAUCCAGCAGGGCUCCAAAAGCCGCCUGCAAGCCAGUGAAGCCAACACCGCCAUUGCCAACUCUGCCACCAGCUCCCCUUAUAAGUCACAGAGUGAUGGCUGUGAAGCGGUCGCUACCUAGCCCGACUUCGGAAUUGGAAAAUUCCUCGUUUAGCGAGUUUGAAGAACCUGCACCCCAAACCCCGAAUAGCUUUAUAACCUCUGAACAAAGUCUUAUGAAUGUGAUGCAUAGUUCCACUCCGAUCCGUUCUGGUAAUUCCACCUCUGACCGUCAUUCACCACAACCAAGCACAAGUAGAAGUGCCAGAGUGUGCACAUGCAAUAAUGCUGUUGCUCUUAAUUCACCGUCUUACUCUUUUGGGUGGAAGAAGCCUGAGGGAUGUGACAAGAGGAAUUCUUGGGGCCCUCCUUAGCCAUGAGUUGAGUAAGAGGUACACUAGGACAGGUACCUCCGGAAAGUUGGCCUUAGAAGACAAUGUAACUUUGAUGGCUGUCAUCAGAAAAAGCAUAAGGAGACAUAAAGACUACAAGUCUGCCACAGACAAGGAGAUUAAUGAAGCCAUUUAUGCUUGGUUUACUAAUAGCAGGGACAGGUUCGGAGGCAAAUCCCAAAGGGACAAGGCUGCCAAGGGGAAACAACCAACGCAACAGGAGCCAGAAGACGAGGGAAAUGUUGAAACAGAUGUGGAUUAAUUUUUUUGGUUUUGUUUUAAAUAAGAAAUCUAUUUUUGAUGAACAGUUGCAGCUCCAGACAGUUGCAAGAACAGUGCAUGUUUUCUUUUUGGCCAAAACUGGCAUGCGAGUGUUUGAAUUUUCCCACCGUUGUACCGGAAAUGUUGAAACAGAAGUGGAUUAAUUUUUUGGUUUUGUUUUAAAUAAUAUGUUAUACUUAAUUUUGAUUCCAGUUCUGUAAAUUCUAACUAAAUAGAUAUAUAAACUGAACUUAAUAACUGAAAAUGUGUCAUUUUUUACUGUUAGUGUUCUACCUACCCUUACCAGAGUCUAGUAUCAGUGCCAGUAGCCUUUACUGCCACUGGUCAAGCUUGUGUUGUACUUGGAUUGAUGUAAACUGACUCAUGUAAAUCAUCAUACAAGUUAGAGUGGCCCUGGACCCCCCACGUUCCAAUUAAAUCAUUGCCCACAUUCCCCCACUCAAUGCCCACAUUUGCCCAUUUUGCCCACAUGGGCUCCACAUGAAUACCCUGUUUCAUCCCCCAUGUGGGGCCAUUAUGGGCAAAUGUGGGUCCCACAAUUGCCUGUAUGAUACCCACAUGGGCCCCAUACAUUUUGCUAUCUGGGUGUAUACUGUGUUUUUUUGUCAGUUUAUUCUUUAGUGAGUCAAGAACACCCAGAGUUAUUAAAAGUAUACAAAGCAGUGAACACUUUUAUGAUAUAUAGCUAAAUAUGGCUGGGUAUUCAAGUUCCUGACAGGGAGAUAGUUGCCAAUUAGGGAUUUAGUCAUAUUUUCAGAUUGUUGAUUAUAUGUAUAGAAAAGGUGUAUUAACAUCAUUUAUUGUUUAUCAUCUUUUGCUAUAUUUGAAAAAAUAAUUUACCACUACCACUGAUGAAUAAAAAUGUUGGAGAGCCCUUUUUUUUUUUUUCUUCGGUAAUGAAAUUUUACUACAGUUAUCCAUAUACUUUUGAAUAGAAAAUAAGUAUUGAGAAACGAUUACAGAAAAUUAAUUUCAGCAUUGACUGAUAAAGUUUUCCAGGACGAAAAAUAAGUGGCGGUAGGCCAAUUCUUUAUUGCCAUAGCACAUUGUGUUGCCAGUAUAUAGUGUUAUUAUGUUUUUUUGUUUUUUUUUACUUCGGAUACCAGCAUGGGAGCAAGGAAAGACCUAAAUGAAGAGAGUUUCUUGAAACUUUUAGAAGACCUUCCAUCAGAUUACGACUCCGAUACAGAUGUAGAAGAGGAUAUAGAUGACCCCGAGUUUGAGGAUGAUCUUACCCAAUUCAGCCA